AUGUCUGCGUUGACUUCGAGGCAGAAAAUUGAGCUUCAUAAAGCCAUAUCACAAUACCUCAAACCUAAUCUUGAACCGGAACUAUAUAAAGAAAUCAACCUUCGACUAGAAUUGACCGAGGAUGACUUAAAAUCUUCUUCUGAUAACAACCUAUUGGCCAAAAAAUGGUCGACGGUGAUCAGGUUACAGAAAAAAAUCCUUGAUUUGGAGAGUCAAGUGAGUAACUUGAACGAAUUAUUAGAUGCUUCAUCGAAUGGCACUGGUAUUAAAUCUUCCAAUGGCUCAUUAAUCCACACGAAAAUCAACUGGCUUCCUAGUAGAGCAUCCCAGGUGCUUAAGGCUCAGAAAUCCGCAAUUAACUCCCUUGAUAUCCAUCCUUUUCUUCCCGAAUUAGUAGCGGCAUUGAAUGACGGGUCGUUUGUGGUAUGGGACUUGUUAAACCCUCUUCAACCUUCAAAAUUAAUCAAUGGUCACACCAAAGCGAUCAACGGGAUUUGUUAUGGGAAAAAACCGUUGAAAUUGUCACAACAGGACUCGUCAUCUGGGUCAAUAUUGGUGGCCACUUGCUCGUCGGAUUUAUACAUCAAGAUUUGGGACUCCACCAACAAUUUCGAACUCAAACGAACCUUAAGUGGGCAUACUCAUACGAUUUCCUCUGUUAAAUUCAAAAAUAAUGAUCCAGGCCAAUUAUUUUCUAGUUCCCGUGAUGGGCUGGUAAUAUUAUGGGAUGUCACCAAUGGCUGGCGAUUACGAUCGUUUGUCGGCCACAGUGAUUGGGUCCGAUCGCUUGAUUUGACCCCUACUGACGAAUUUCUCAUCAGUUGUGCCAAUGAUCAAAGUGCCAGACUAUCGCACGGUGACUCAGGGAUCGGGUUAUCGAUCAUGAUUGGUCAUACCCACGUUGUCGAGGAUUGUAAAUUUGCUCCCCGUACCGCCUGGAAAUACUUGGACAUGUUGGCCACAGCAAAGAGCUACUCAAAUGAUCCCACGGUAUUGGAACAAUACAAUGCUUUGGAUUUCAAAUAUUGCGCAACUGCGUCACGAGACGAGACCAUCAAGAUUUGGCUCUUACCAUUACCAAUCAUCAGACCGCAUCGCCCACCAGCCCCAUCAUCGAACCCUUCAGCAGUGUGUAUUAUAGAGCUCAAGGGCCACUCCUCAUGGGUGCGGUCUUUACAAUUCCAUCCCGGCGGGAAAUACCUUUUUUCCAGCUCCGAUGAUAAAUCUAUCAAGAUUUGGGAUUUGAGCGCCAUUGAAAAAUUGGGGGUUGCUAAAUGUAUUCGUACGUUGAAUGGUGGUCACGAAGGGUUUGUCAAUUGUAUUAAAUUUGCCACGCCAAUUCAAUACGAUCAACCAACUGAUGAAGGUGAUAAGAUAACUGAUGAAAAAGAACGUGAGAAGAAAAAGCUCAACGAGUUGGAUAAAUCCAUCAGAACGAUUUUUGCUAGCGGGGGCACCGACAAUAACAUUUGCAUGUGGGUUUGA